GCCAAAGAUGCUAAGGAUGUCACCACUGAGGCGUCCGUCCCCGAAGGAGGCGGACCGAUGGAGGGAAUCAACACGGUUGUACAAGAGACGUCUGACCUCACGGGUGCGUCUACAACGGUUGUAGUCGCCAUCCUCCUCCUCAUCAUUGUGACUGCCGUCGGAAUCGCCGUAUUGUGUCUACGACGCUGGUGGAACAAGCGCAGAAGGAAGGACAAAAAAGGAUUCAAGGGUGCUGUUGAUCUAACAGGGAUCCAACCAGAUGGCGAGGAGUUGGUGGACAACAUGGAGGAGAACGAGACCGCAGGAGAAGAACAGAAGGAGGAACAGAAACUCGGUCGGCUACAGUUCAAACUCGACUAUGAUUUCAACUCCAACAACUUGGCGACCACCGUCAUCCAAGCCGAGGAACUUCCUGCCCUGGACAUGUCAGGAACCUCGGAUCCAUACGUCAAGGUCUACCUCCUCCCGGACAAAAAGAAGAAGUUCGAGACCAAAGUCCACCGCAAAUCGCUGAACCCUGUUUUCAACGAAACAUUCAAUUUUAAGGUACCAUACGCUGAGAUCACUACCAAAACUUUGGUAUUCGCGGUCUUUGAUUUUGACCGCUUCGGCAAACACGACCAAAUCGGAGAAGUGAAAAUCCCGAUGAACUCAAUCGAUCUCGCCCAGACCAUCGAAGAAUGGCGAGAUCUGACGAGCGCCGAUAACGACAAAGAAGUGCUCGGGGACAUUUGCUUCACUCUCCGCUACGUACCAACUGCCGGAAAACUGACUGUCGUCAUUCUUGAAGCCAAAAACCUCAAAAAAAUGGACGUCGGCGGUCUAUCCGACCCCUACGUCAAGAUCGUACUGAUGAUGAACGGGAAACGAUUGAAGAAAAAGAAGACCAGUAUUAAGAAGUGUACACUCAAUCCCUACUACAACGAAUCGUUCUCGUUCGAAGUGCCCUUCGAACAGAUCCAGAAAGUGCAACUCGUUGUCACCGUGACCGAUUACGAUCGAAUCGGUACAUCAGACCCCAUUGGCAAGGUGGUCUUGGGCUGCAACGCCACUGGCACCGAACUACGCCACUGGAUGGACAUGCUGGCUUCGCCUAGGCGGCCUAUAGCCCAAUGGCAUUCCCUCAAAGACCCCGAGGAGGGUAAAGAGGACAAAUAAAAAGUGCCCCGCUAGACUUACACACACGGAAAACUACUUGGCAUUAAGGACUUAAGUAUGGACUACAAGUAUAAAGAACGAAAGGACACAUGUUGAAAGGCGACCCAGAAAAACGAAGGUCGUAAUCUCCAAGAGGGCACUAGAAUGGGAAAACAAACCCUUAGUUAAAGGGAUCAACCAACUUUUUCUUAUUCUACUCUGAGACGGCACUGUACUCAACGAAGACAGUUUGUAGAACUGACACUGUAAUAUUGAGAGUGUAUGGCGAAACGGAUGGCUUACGUCAGUAGGAAUCUACGGACUAAGAUUCGACAACGGCUUUGAACUGAAUGAGGGAUUUUUCUACAAGCGCUACCUUUGUAGAGAAAGACACUAGAUCCAAGGACAUCAACCCCUACUAAGUCAGUAAUGGAAAGGACACUAAACUCCUCUAAACGGAGUCAACAAAGGACACACAAACAAAAAGGACAAACUUGAGAAUCCAUGUAAACGGACCAGCAGACAUCGGCUCAUGGCGAAUGAUGCCAAUCGGACGCAAACUACCACCUGAGUACCAACUGAACCUACAGCCGACAACAUCACCGACGAGACUGAGACGAUAAUUGUGCAGGCAUCACGAUAUCGAUGUUGCAAACGCAUCAUUUUCCUUUUGGCUUCGACAGAAACUGGAGUGCUUGAACAUGACGUCGAAUACGCGACUUGAGAUGAUUCCGCACCAAUCCAUCAUCGAUCAGUGGUGAUGGAGCGGGAGAAUACAAACGAUUUGAACGAGCCAGGCAGCUCAUAGCGACUGUCUGUGUGAACACAUGCUGUGCUGCAUCAACGUUGCAACACAUCAACACGACCGACGAUUAGAUUUACAUGAGUGAUUUCAUCUUUUGUGAUUGAUCGUCAACGCUGGGCUAGGCGAAGCCGAUGAGCAACGGUAUCUGCUGAACGGCUGCAACUAAUUAAUUUCAACUAGGAAAUCAGAAACGGCCACUCGAACCAAGCAUGAGCUUUUCUUCAUCCACCUCGACAACAAAUAAUAAGACAUCCGACCGAGAUUAAGAAUAACAACUCGAUACGGCGGAGCCCUUUCCUCCGGAGAAAUCGCCUCCAGUGCGGAUUCUUCAAGCUACAGCUUGAUCCGAUCUCUCCGUAUAUCACCUGAGGGUCCGGCUGGCCGCGAGCCCGACACCAAGAUGAACUCCAGAGGGAAUCUCCGCUGAGCAUAUCCUCGAUCUUAGCGGCUUCUGCUAGUCAUUCCACGACGGCUAGAGACGGUCGCGAGAGGCGGCGGCGCGGGGCU